AUGCUAAAAGUAAAAUUAGUACUUACAAUCCAAAAAUGGCUUUCCUUUUUAAUUACAAAUUCAUAUAUCAAGCAUUAAAGCAUUUUACUAAACAAGAAGUAAUUUAAUAAUUUAAUUUUGUAAAUUUAAUAAAUCUGCUCUAUGCUUCUCUAUAAAGCUCUUAAAACUGAAGAUGAAUACCAAAGACUGUAACUGUUAAGCGAAGGUAUCAAAGAAAUAACAUCCGAAAUGCCUAAAAUCGAGACAAUUGAAAGCACAGCACUCAUAAAGUUCUUAAUAUGUUGCUACCCCUACCAAGAGUAAAAUAUUGAUAUGUUGAUCUCAGCAUUUUUCGAUUAUUACAAAAAUGAGAAAUUCUUUUGGGCAUUCACUUAGGCAAUCUCUUAGAUUGGAGAAUUUUAGGAAAGUAAGGCUGCUGGAUAUAAGAAAUAAUCCAUAUUUGAUGUUUAUCAAAGAAAAUUAAAGGAAGGUAAAACUGGUUUAGACCAUUUUUAUAACUUUUCUGAUUCCGCUCAGCAAUAAAUGACAAAAGUAAAGUUGUAUGUAUGCUCUCAUUUCUCCAAAUACUUUUCCCUGGCACAAGAUUUAAGAAUUGAUAUGUCAAGAAUUUAUGACAUAUACAGAAUUUAUUUGCAUAAUACAAAUAAUAAGGAAUUGAUAUUUGCGUUAAUUGAAUCAUUUGAGAAUUUGAAAAAGACAACAUUUAAGAAUUUACCUUGGGUUGAUACAUUCUAGUCCGAAAUUGAUAUAUAUAAGCAAACCUUAAUCCCAUCAAGAUUUAAUCUAAAACUUAAGCAGAAUUAACAAAGUUUGCAAUAGCUUUAUGAAUAAUACAAAUUAUAAAUGGAAAAUCCAUCUUAAUAUAAUCAAAACUCCGAAGAAAACAGCCCAUAAGUAGACUAAAAAGCUGUUCAUAAAUAGCAAAUUGAAUAAUAUUAAAUAGCAUUAUGCAAAUAAAACUAAGUCAAUCUGAUUGAUGAUUCAAUCGACUUAUGCUUAUUUCUUAAAAUGAUCAUUAAACCGCAGAAGUAUGAAUUAACUGAUGACUGGAAUACUAAAUAUGGUGAAGCAACCCUUGAUAAAGAAUAUUAAGGAUUUAAAAUAAAUUGCUCUGAAUUAGAGGAUUUAUUAAUUGUAAGAUCAUAUAAGGCUUUAAAUUCAGUUUUACAUUGUACAAAAUUAGAAAUCUUGAAACUUAAGAUGCAAAAUUUAAUACCAAAAAUAUUUCAUCUGAUAUACAAGGUACUCCGAGAUCCAGAAGAAAAUGUUAACUUGUAUCAUUUGGGCUCAUUAAUAAAUAAAAUAUUAGAAAUGUGCCCCAAACACGCAAUAUAUUAAAUAAUUAAAUUAAAUCUACUGUUCUGCUUUACUUAGUUUUUUUAUAAUACCUCCAUUGUUAAUAUAGUAUUGGAAAUUUUGGAUUUAGACACAGAUAAAUAUCAACUUGGAUAUUUUGUUCAAGAAUAAGUAUGGUCAUAUGUAAAUGAUACAGAUUGGUUCUAAUAUCUAUUUACUUUUCUAUUUAAACAGAACAUUGAUGUAAGUAAAAAGGAUGAAAACUAUCAGAGUGAAAGAAAAACUUAAGUUUUGAGCAUGUUGCAAUCAUUAAAUAGAAACCAGAGAGGUUCCAUAAAGCAACAAGUGACUCCAAAUCAAUCUUAUUUCUUUUAAACUUUCAGCACAAGUGAGAAAUUUAAUGAAUUACAAUCAUAUGAUUUCCUAAAUAGCAAAGAUAUAGAUAAUUUAAAGCAUUUCAACGACGAUAAAUAAAAUUUUGAUCCUCAAAAGAUGGAAAAAAUGAUUGAAGAGCAUAAACAGAAUUAAGCUUCGAUAGAACCCAAGGCCCAAAUGGAAGAUCAAAAUGCAAAUUCACAAAGAGUAUCAAAAUAUGGAAGACAAAUAAUUGAAAUACCUCAAAAGAAAAAAUAGGUUUCAUUGCCUAAAAUCAAUACCAAUUCUCUUAAAUCUCCUCUCAAAAAUGUAAACUCUCCUUUAUCACGAGAAAGUUCUAAGAAUCUAUCAGUGGAUAAAGAUGCAUAGUUGAGUUAAAAAUCUAAAUAAUCUUCUUCAAGCUUAAGACGAUCAGAUAAUCAAGAGGAUACUUUAUCGCAAAAUAAAUUAAUUAGAAUCUAUUAGGCAACAGGUAAAACCAAUGCAAGUUUGUUUAAAUAGAAUUAAUAAAGCAUUCAAAUCAAAGAUAUUGGAUUAAUGGAAUCACUCUAAUUUAUUUAUAGAUUAUUGGGUUCAUUAUAAUAAUUCUAAAAGAAAUUCUUAAGUCGCAAGGAUUGUAAUUUGGUUGAUAAAACUAGCAAAAUAUUAACAACUGAGAAUUUAGUUCAAAUCUUUGAAACUUUUGUUAGCAAGAUUAUGAAAGAUGAUUAUGGGAUAAUUUGUGGCUAAAUAGUAAAUAGUUUAUUUACUAUGGUUUUGAAUGAGCAUUUGGAUGUCUAUUAUGAAUUGCUGAAUGAAUAAUUUUAUAAUUUUAUUUAAGAAAUUGGAGCUUUGAUUUUACUAUUGGAGAAAUAAUAGAAUUCUGGGUUUAAGAGACAUCUAAUCUCAUCAAUUUAUUUUAAUGGAUUUAUUUUGAAUAAUUAAUUGAGACAAAAUUACUUAGAAUCUAAUAUUUAUAAAUAUUUAAGCAGUAAAAUAUUUAAUUAACUACAAUAACACCUAGUGAAUUACCCUGAGAAUAAUAACUAUUAAUUAUAAUUUACAAAAUUUUUGAAUUGUGUAUUUUCCAAAGCUCCCGCUUAUUUGAUUCAGCAGAUUUUGUUUAAUUAUGGUUUACUUUAAGUUUUAUUUGAAUCCUAAAGAGUGAUAAUUCUUAAUGACCUUCAAAAUGUUCAGAGCUCUUUGCACUACUUUGCAAUUCAAAUAAUAUAUUUAAUUAAGGAUAUUUUAUAAAAAAGAAGUAUGCAAGUUAUUCUAGAUAAUCUUUUACCUCUUGAUCUAUGGUACAAACUAUGUAAAGCUACAGAGCAUUAUAAAAUUGUGCAUUUGGGAAGUCCAAUAAUAGCUGAACCUCCUAAAGAAUAAAGAUAAAACUCAAAAAAAUAAUAUUAGAGAUAACUCCAAUUCAAAAAAUAAUAAACUGAAUAAAAACUUGAAUUAUCUGACAGAUCUCCAACAGAAUUAUGUUUAACUCCAGAUCUAACAUGCAGAACCUUAAAAAACUAUCGUUUGCGUAAGCCAUUUGAUUUAUGA